AUGUCUAUGCGUGCAGCCUAUCUGUAACCAUGACUACUGGACGAAGCUAGACAACUUUUCCGCAGUUUCAGAGAGGGCUUGGAUGAAGGCACCGCCAACCGAGGGUAGAGGACCUACAGGCGAAAAGAAGUGCAGACGUCCUAAAAUAAGAAAAUCAUGACCACAAAAUCCCCGGGCACGAGCCCUCAAAGAUGCCUGGCUACCAACAAUGAAAAACGAGUGCCACUGACACAGAAAAAGGCCACUGUACCCAGCUGUCCAGUACCAAGCAGGGUACCAACAAAGAGACUCACCUCUCUGCUACCAAGGUCUACUAGACAUGCUGCCAGACCAGCUGGCUGCACCCAGAACCACAUAGAGCAACUGCCACCUGAGAUCCUAAUGAAGAUCCUGUGGAACCUGGAUGCCUCUUCUCUCUACUGCAUUGGCUACGUCAACAAGCUAUUAUAUAAGCUGGCCAAAAACAAUGCAAUGUGGCGUAAAAUCUAUUCUGCAAAAUAUGGGGAGAGUAAGAAAUUGAAGGCCAAGCACAUGGACGAGGUUGUGGAGAAGCUGAGUGUGAUGAAAGUUCAGGAGAGACCAGGGGGCUACUGGAGAAGGCUGUACUUUAGGACCGUAGCUGGCUACAACCACACCAAGUGGUUGAAGGAGCUGAGAACCAUCAAUCCCUUCACAGGUCUUCCCAGCCACACAGAGAGAGUCCUCAGAGAGCAGCGUGUGGCCUGGGAGAUCACAGUGUGUGACAGGUCGGUCUGUGAGGGGACUUUUGAACAGAGCCACACCUACUACAGUGACUCGUCGGUGACAUUGUGCUGGACCAACGGUUCAUGGCCUGCCUUCCACCAACUCUCUACCAUACAGCUUCACGGUGUCAAGAGAGUUCCCCUCAAAUGUCCCAGCGCUAUCAAGCCAGGCUGGAGGUCUCUGAUGGCUCAGUUGGAUAUUGACACCAUCUCUAAGAGCAGCCAGGUGAUUGGUGGAGAUAGACUGGUCAAGUUGGUGCUGCUGUCGCCAGGCAUCGUCAUCGGCAUCUGGAGGGGCCAGUCGUCCAUAGCCUUUGUGAUGGCCACCUUCCACUACCACAGGCUGUUGGAAAGGAGUCUCCUGGGCUCGUCUGUUUGCCCCUACACCAUUCCAGAGAACAGGCCUCUUUUUGAUGACGUGGACCCAAACUACGGUCUCCAUGGUUACACGCUACACAUUACCCUCCACAACACUGUGACGGAGAUCAUGUCUGGCCACUUCCCUCAGCUCUUCUGCCGGAAAGGUCAGAUCAAUGAAGGUUUCAUCCAGCUGAAUGCCAUCAUCAGGAGUAACCAGUCUCGGCAGACCCCUCUCUCUGCCAGGGUCAGCCUGCCCUGGAGGUCUGAUGCUCUGGAGGGGACUGUGAAGAACUGCUGCAUGAUGAGCCUGACUCUGCUGGAUGAGUCCCAGAUACCCUUCUGGUGUGUCAGCACGCCUGUCUCCAUGGUGCUGGCCAAUGAGGAGCCUUUCUCCUAUGACUACCAGGGCCAGCACUUCCUGAUCAAGUACAAGGAUGCAGAGGGAAAGGUACAGAUGGACGUGGUGCUGCUGGAGGAACAGAGACAGUUCUUCCUUAUUAAUCUGGUUGUCUACAUCAGCACAGUCAAAGUCAACCAGCACUUUGGUAGAGCCUACUAAGGCGACUGUUUAGGGGGUACUGUAAGUAUGUACUAUAUGAUCUCUGCCUAGUUUUUUUUAAGGUACAUUUCCCUAUGCCUAGAGCUGUUGUGGUGACCAUAUUACCGCCACACCGGCGGACACGAGUCAUGAAGCCAGUCAAAUUCUACGUGACCGUUUAGUCACGGUAAUUAGGCUUCUCCAAGCUCUGAUGCUGCUGCUGGUCAUUAGUAGCCUACCAAACUUGCUAACUGCCUGGUACUCAGCACUCAUUGUCUCUCUAAUCACUCUGAC